GAGCUUUACCUCCCAGCCUGCUCUCAGCUCUUCCUUAGCUCCCAUCUUCUUUGGAUGUUGUUUUCUUCCUCCGAAAGAUGAGCAAAAUGUCGAAGGCCGAUCCGCUGAAAUCGGCGAUUUCCAUUGAGAAUGUGGACGACACGUCGCUGGCUCUGCCGUCAGGGAAUCAGUACCGAUCCGGAGAGCAGCGCGUAAAGGCGCAAGUGCAAACUGUCAGGAGGAUAAAGUCGAGGCACUCGAGCAACAGCAGCAGGAGCGGAUCUACUUCUAUGAGCCCAACAAGCCCUGUGUAUGACUCCGUGUUUACAGAUGGGGUAAAGACACCGUCCCACACAUCUAAUGGAAGCGCCUUCUACAGCAAUGGUUUCUCAAAAAGUUUCACCAUAGACAAAAACAUAAGCAAUCAUCAAUCAAUCACCAACCUAGGAUCUACUGUGAGGAAAAAGAGUGUGACAUCAGGGUAUCGCUUUGAGAGAACUCAACCCACUGCUGGCAGUACUGUGGCUCUGGGUCAUGCUAACACCAGCCGCAGUGAACCCGGUGUGGCCUGGGGCAGAUAUGGCACCCAGCUGUCUGUCCCACACACCAGAAACCCCACCACAGAACAGCAGGCCAGCAGGAACAACUACAGGAAUCAGCGUAGCACCAGCAAUCACUUUGUGCAGAGGACCAUCUCCCAGUCCCAACCUCUGUACCCUGCAAACGGCUUUGGUCUGACUCACAAACAAAGUCAGUAUAAAGGCAGCCAGCCUAACAUGAGCAAGACUCCCACACAGCAAACCACUACUGACUCUUCAUCCAAGACUAAAAUAAACUCUGGAUCAAAUGGAAACAUUUUAAAUGCUGACAUCACUAUGAAGGAGGCUGUGCAGUUUCUUACCAGCGAUGAUGAAAAUUAUCAAAACUGUGGCGCUUCCUAUAUUCAGCACAAUACUUUCAUUAGCGACAAAGCAAAAGAAGAGGUCUUAAAGCUUAAGGGGAUCCACCCUCUUGUCGGCUUGCUGCACAGCCACAACUCACAGGUCAAACACACGGCCUCUGCCGCUCUGCGAAAUCUGUCCUUUAAAAGCGACAAAAACAAAGAGGAGAUCCAUCGCUGUGACGGCAUCACUGAGGUUGCCAAUCAGCUCAGAGAUUCAGAGUCUGUAGAUCUGGAUAAGCAGCUCACAGGUCUGUUGUGGAAUUUGUCUUCUGCCGACAACCUGAAGCCUGAUCUGCUGAAGCACGCUCUGCCUGUCUUAAUGGAGCAUGUGAUCUUGCCUUACACGACAAGGUCCGGAGAUACAAUCAGGGAUCCAGAUGUCUUCUUACACACCACGGGAUGUCUUCGAAACCUCAGCAGUGCCAAGGAGAGCAGCAGGCAGACGAUGAGGAAAUGUCGAGGUUUGAUUGACUCUUUAACCGCUUACAUCAAAGACUGUCUAGAGAAGGAAAAAACCAAUGAUGAGUGUUUGGAAAACUGUGUGGGCAUCCUGCACAAUCUGACCUUCCGACUGGAGGACGAGGCUCCGAUGCUGUUCACCAAUAUAAAUACCUUGGCUAGGAGUCAGCUCAGGAGCACCAGUCCAAAUAACAGCAACCCUGUUGGCUGCUUCAGUUCACAAACCAAACUUCCACAGGUGGAGCGUCCCUUUGACUUUGCAGUCAUUGAGGAUCCGCAGCCUAAAGGACCAUCCCUUUUGAUCCACUCUAAAACGCUGCAGGAUUACCUUUCACUGCUUAGCUUGAGCACGGGAGAAGAGCUUCAGGAAGCCUGUUGCGGGACACUGCACAAUCUCACUGCACGUGAAGGCAUUGUCUCCAGUGUAAUAAGCCAGAUCAUUGUGCAGAAACUGAAUGGCAUGCAGGUUAUUGCGCCCCUCAUAAACUCAAAGAAAGUCAACCUGCAGAAGACCACACUGGCUUUGGUUGGAAAUUUGAUCAAGAACCCAAACCUGCAUCAAGCAGUUGGCCGUAAAGCUCUCCCAGAGUUGCUGAGUCUCCUCGCAGAAGGCACGUCUGGAGCAAACGAGUCUGAUGACAACCUUGCUAUGGCUUGCAAUGCCACCAGUUGCCUGGUUCUGAAAGACCUUGACAUGACCAAGAGAUAUUUAGGCACCAACUUCAUAAAAUCCCUCAGCAACAUCAGCCAAAACAUGUAUUUUCCCAAAUCAAGCAAGGCUGCUGCAGUUCUUCUCGUCAAAAUCUGGUCAGAUAAAGAGCUUCAAAGCUUUUUCAAAAAGCAAGGGUUGACCAAGUCUUUAUUUGUGAAUGACACCACCAUGGCAGCACACAGGUCUCUCCAUAUUGUGGAUUAGCACAAUUUAACAGCUAAAUGCUAAAAUGACUAACCUGCACGGCACCUGAGCAUCCACAGGACUGGGAGUCACUGAGGCAGAGCAUCAUCCCCUCCUACAUCACAGAGAUAAUUAUUCAUAAGCUUUAUAAGCAUUCCUGCACUAUGCAUAUGCUGAAAGAUCAUGUUUCCAAAGCCCCUGUCACACUAUGGCGAUUUAGCCAGCCUAUGCCUGAUGUACAAGAAUCUUCUAAAACGCUGGCAUAAGCUGACCUUUCUAUGUAUUUUUUCAAUUUUGGGCAUAUAUGUAGCAUAUUCAUAAGGAGUCCAGAACAUAUGUCCAAUGACAGUCUAACAUGCAUAACGCACGGGCUGCAUAGUGCCCAUGAAAUGUCACAAACCAGUGUCCUAAGGGGGGCACCAAUGCGCCCGGAGGCAUCCAGCCUGCAUAAAAAGAGAUUUAUUUGAUCGCGGUAUUAACCUAGCUGCUUGAAAAAA